GUAUGGAAUGCUGUGGCGUAUUGUUAUUUUUUAAUUCUGUGGUUCAAGGUCACAAGUAUAAAUAUAUGUUAAAAUUUGAAUACAAAACGUUAAAUUUAAAUAAUCGAAAUGGGAAUCAAAUAUUUGUGGAAUAUUUUAACACCAUUUUGCGAGAAAAAACCAUUAUAUGAACUUCAAGGAAAGACUGUAGCUGUAGAUUUAUCAUGUUGGAUAUGCGAAGCACAAAAUAUUGCUGAAUAUCAGGUACAACCAAAAAUGUACCUUAGGAACUUAUACUUUAGAACUUCAUUUUUGCUCUUGAUGGAAGUGUAUCCAAUAUUUGUAUUGGAAGGCAAAGCUCCAGAAUUAAAGUAUGAUACUAUAAGCGCUAGAAAUGCCAUUCAGUUUAAGGGAGCCAAACCAAAAACUGAUGGAGUUACUACUGGUAAAGGAAGGACAAGGUUUCAUUAUGUGUUGAAGCAAUGUGCUGAAAUGCUUGGCUAUAUGGGCCUAGCAUGUCUUACUGGAAUGGGAGAAGCUGAAUCCUUUUGUGCAUAUUUGAAUCGAGAAGGAUUUGUAGAUGGUUGCAUUAGUCAAGAUUCUGACUGUUUUGCUUAUGGUGCUAAAACAGUUUAUAGAAAUUUCUCCAUUUCCACUCAAGGAUCACAUGCAGCUAGUGGUGGAUCAGUUGAUGUUUACAGUAUGGAGAAAGUAGAAACAAACCUUGGAUUUGGACGCAAUAAGAUUAUAGCCCUAGCCCUUCUUUGUGGUAGUGAUUAUUCAAAUGGUGUCGAUGGAGUGGGGAAAGAUUCUUCCCUUAAAUUAUUUGAAAAAUAUUCAGAUGAGGAAAUUCUAAAUAGAAUGCGAAAUUGGAGAAGAAAUGGGCAUAUUUUUGAAGAGUUUGAGAAAAAGUUGGCAGAUAAAAAUAUAUGUACAUCAUGUGGUCAUAAUGGAAAACUUCAAGCACAUAAUAAGGCAGGAUGUGUAAGCUGUAGAACAACAAAUGGGUGCGACUUUACUAAAUAUAAAGAAGAAAGAUUGUAUAUAAAAAAUGAAGUAAAUAUUCGAAAUAAAGCUUUGCGGGAUAUAAAUUUUCCUAAUGAAGAUUUAAUUAGUGAAUAUUCUGUCACUAAAGACAGUAUUUCUAAAGUUGACUUGAACUGGGAACAACCAAAAUUGGUUAACUUUGUGAAAUUUACCACUAAACAUCUUGGAUGGGAAGAAGUAUAUUCUUUUGAAAAAUUCUUACCAAUUCUGACUAGAUGGCAACUCUUAAAUCACAAAAAUCUUGCCACUUUGAGUGAAGCAAAUAAGCUACAUGGUAUUUUACAUCCAGAGUACAUAAAAAAAAAGAGAGCACCUAAAGGAGUUCCAAGUUAUGAAAUAAAGUGGCUUGACAAAGAAAAUUUCUUCAAAGGCCUGAUACCAGAUAGUCAACUACUAGAAAUUGAAGAUACUGAUAAAUUUUGGUCUACAAUUGAACCCCAACAUCUAGUAGAAAAAGCAUAUCCUGAAUUAGUGGAAGUAUUCAAGCAGUCAAAAGUAAAGCCCAAAAAGUCUUCGAGAAUUAAAAAGAAGGAAACGGAAGUUUUGGAAAAGCUUAGUAAUAGUAUGAAUAAUAUCUCAUUAAAUGAACCUCCAAUUAAAAAACCCAAGACAUUUAAGCCAGAAGAAAAAAAGGAAGGCAAAUUAAAAAAAGUGAAAACAUUGGAUGACUUCUUAAAAAAAGCAGUAACUAAUAACUUCAAUAGAAAUAUGGAUUCAGUUCUCACAUCAACACCUGUAAAACAUAUCUCAAAUGGAGUUACCCUUACAAAAAAACAAGAUAUCACAUUAGAUAUUUCCAAUUUUGAGGAUGAAGAUGAAGAAUCAGAUCUAUCAAAUCUUGUAGACAAUAUUUUAACAAAAAAAUUAUCUGACAGCAUCAAAGGAGAGUUGAAAAUUUUAGGCUAUGAAAUUAAAGACUGUUCUCAAAAUAAACACUGUAGCAGUUUCUUCAUGAACUCUCCAGCAGAGAUUGAUCUAUUUGAGAAAACAUUUGAUGAAAAAUAUCUUAGUGAUGAAAAUGAAGAAACUGAUAUACAGCCUGAGAAACACAAAUUAGACAACAGCUUUGAUGUUAGUUAUAUACCCCUUUUUCAAAGAUUAAAAAAUAAAAAUUUGUAAAUUGACUAUAUAUUUCACCAUAAUAUUUUGAAUAAAUAAUUGUUAUUGA